AUGGCUGCUGCUAAAGAAGGGGCAAUGAUGUUGAAAGCAAUUAAUUGUGAUGAUGUGUAUAAAGACAAGAAUGAAAUAUCAAGAUUGCUUUUGGAAUCCAUCAAUGAGAUUGGUCCGGAUAAUGUGGUUCAAGUGGUGACCGAUAAUGCACAUGUGUGCUCUGCUGCCGGUGCUAUUGUUGAGAGUACACAUCCACACAUAUUUUGGACACCAUGUGUGGUUCAUACCCUUAACCUUGCUUUGAAGGAUUUGUUGAAAGCAAAAUCUUAUCUUCCCGGUGAGAAGGUGGAUGAAGAGCUAGGGUGGCUUAUGGAUGUGUAUAAUGAUGUUUGGUUCAUUAAGAAUUUUAUGGUAAACCACAACAUGCGUUUGUCUAUGUAUAAUGAUCAUUGUUCCUUGAAGUUGCUCCAAGUUGCCCAGACAAGGUUUGCUUCUCAUUAUGUUGUCCUUAAAAGGUUUAGGGAUGUGAAGAGUGGCUUGCAACAAAUGGUUAUUAGUCCAAAAUGGGAUAUCUAUAAAGAAUAUAAUGUUCCUAAAGCAAGAGCGGUGAAGGAGAUGCUAUUGAAGAAAAGCUUUUGGGAGCAAAUUGAUUUCAUGAUUGCCCUCAUGAGUCUUAUACAUGAGAUGAUAAGGAUGUCGGAUAUGGAUAGACCUUGCCUUCACUUAGUUUAUGAGUGGUGGGAUUCGAUGAUUGUGAAAGUGAAGAAAGCGGUUUUUGACCCUCAAUUUGCCUAUGUCAUAACAGAGCAUUGUAAUGUGACAAGAUUCUAUGAUGUGGUGCAUCCUAUCUUUAUUGCUCAGUGGACCAAGAGUUGUAGACCACUUCAUUGCAUGACACAUUCUUUGAAUCCAAGGUACUAUAGCUCUCAAUGGCUUGAAGAGGAUCCUAACCGGAUUGCUCCACAUAGAGAUGUUGAUCUCAACAAUGAAAGGAAGAAAUGUCUUCAAAAGCUCUAUCCGGAUGCUUAUAUUCGUAACAAAGUGAUGGAAGAAUUUGCAUAUUUUUCAUUAAACAUGGGUGAUUAUUCAUCGGCCGAAGCUCUGGAGAAUAAGUUUCAUUUUGAGCCUUUAAUUUGGUGGGUUUCCUAUGGACCUUCUACACCACAUCUGCAAAGUUUGUGUCACACCCCAACUCGAGUAAAGGUAUAA